AAACGACGACUGAGGAGAUUGCCAUACUGGAUCCAACUCUGUCUUAAGCACAUAGAGAGAGACAGCAUGUUGGUAGUUCCAAAUCUCUCUUUUUUUUUUUGGAAAUAAAAGCAUCACAGAAAACAAAUAAAACUAGCCAUCUUUGAUUAUUGAAGAGGAAAGGCACUUGCAUGAUUGCUUCUAGGCUCGCGUCACCUUUCACUUUUUUCCACUUUCUCUUUGUUUAUUAUGUGUAGGAGAGAGAUUCCGGUGCUCCUAGAAGAGCAUCAGUGAUCUUCUUAGCAUUUUUAAGACAAUAAAAUAAAGGCUAUAGAGUAUUGUUCUAAGGGUGGGGAAACAAUCGAACGGCGCGUAAUUCAGUCACUGGUCGUUCUCAGUGCAUGGGGACACUUUCCCUAGUUUCAGUACUGAAGAUGAUGCCUCCCCCCCACCAAGUCAAGUGCUUUUAUCUCCAUCUCCAUAGACUUCUCUGCCUUCUUCCAAGAAUGUGAUAGAGAAUGGUUGAUGAUCCAUGUCGUCCCCACGUUACUCCUUGGCCUCAUUGAUGAUAUCUGGACAACUUUUUUAUUUGUUUUCGGUGGCGGAAAAGAGUGAUACUAAUUCCCUGUGGACAUAUUGAAUGUUCUAUUGGCUUCAUCUGUUGUAGAUGCAACUUGGUGGAGGGGAACCCUUCUAGAAGAUCCUCAAUAAUGCUUUCCUGUAAAUAAUUGAAAUGUUCUUAGGCCUCACUCCUUCUAGAAGCUUUGAGAAUGUGAUGGGCGUCAUAGCACAGUCUCAUAUGUGGAGGGACGACUCCAAAGUCUUUAGGACUUGUCUGGUUAGCUGGAAUAUUCCAGGAAAACAGAAAAAGAAAGAAACUGUAUUUUUUUAUUUUCAGGAACUCAAUAAUAGAAACACCCAUUUUUCUUUUUUUCUUUUUUCUUUUUUUAAAUGUAACAUAAAAAAGAGAUAUUGAUUGCAUCAUGUGAGAACAGUAAGCGUACCAAGUCACAAACAUUUCUUCGUUAUCCAUAUCAAGUUUAAUGAGAUUUUCUUCCCUUUUAGUUUUGCUUCAUCUGUUUAGGUAACCUUACUUAAACAUAAAUUGCAGAUGGUUUGUGCUAGAUGGGCCAAUUCGUAUCUGGGGAGAAAAAAAAAAAAAAAUCCCAUACGUUAGAUCGUACAUGUAGAAUUAAAGGAAAGAAACCUUCUCAAUCUUAAGAAGAAAAGAUGCCUGCAAUGCAAGUUCCCCAACCCACGUCGAGCCAUGUCCGGCUCUAGCUGGCCAAGCCCACGUCCCCAAAGGUCCACCGUGCCGGCCCUAUGUUAGGCCUGAACCUGGCGCCACGGCCUCUCCGCUCGCACCCGAUGGCUUCCCUCUGCCGUCGAUGCGCGAGCGCCUCGCUUCUGCUUCAGAUCGGCCGCCUCUCUCCUUGCUUCCUCGCCGCUAAGAGGUCGUCAUCGUCGUCGAACGCAAAGCGGAGAGUGGCAGGCUCCUGCAUGGCCCGCGCCAUCGCGAGGCUCUGCUGCGAAGGUAAACUCGAUGAGGCCGUCGACUCCCUAGACCUCCUCGCCGAGCGCGGCCUUCGCCUCGACUCUCACACUCUCGCCUUUCUGCUGCAGACCUGCGCCCGCUCCGCCGACCUCUCCCGCGGCAGAUGGGUUCACCUCCACAUCCUUCGGACCGGGACCAGCCUAACCUUGUUCGUUGCCAACCAUCUGCUGCACCUGUACGCGAGAUGCGGCCGUCCUGGGGACGCUCGCAAGGUGUUCGACAAAAUGCCUGUGAAAAAUGUGUUCUCCUGGAAUGCGAUGCUCGGUGGGUAUGCUAGAGCUGGAUUGGUUGGACCCGCGCGAAGGUUGUUUGAUGAAAUGCCCGAGAGAGAUGUGGUGUCUUGGAACACAAUGGUGGUGGCCCUGGCGCAUGGUGGUUCGUGCGAGGAUGCGGUUAAGUUGUUCGUGGAAAUGCAGAGGGCGAGGGUUGGCGUUAACCAGUUUAGCUUUGCAGGUGUCUUAAUAGCGUGCGUUUCGUUGCUUGUGGUGAGCAUUGUUAGGCAGGUCCAUGCUCAGGUUGUUCGUGCUGGGUUUAUGCAUAACACAGUGACUGCGAGUUCUUUGGUUGACGGAUACGCUAAAUGCGAGGAGAUCAACGAUGCACGGCAAUUGUUUGAUGAGAUACAUUUGAGAGAUGUGACCUGUUGGACGAGCAUGAUUUCUGGGUAUGCCAAGUCGGAGAAAGUGGAGGAGGCAAGGCGAUUGUUUGAAUUGAUGCCCGAGAGGAAUGAGUUCUCUUGGAAUGCCAUUAUUAUGGCUUAUGCGCAGAAUGGACUAGGGCUAGAGGCACUGGAAGUGCUGCGUAAGAUGGUUUCUUUAGGUUUGAGACCCAACCAGUUUACCUAUAGCGGCACUCUGAGGGCGUGCUCUAGCAUCUCUGGGCUUAAGCAUGGCAAAGAGAUACAUGCCCAUUUGUUGAAGGCUGUUUUUAGGCCAAACAUAGUUGUCGUGAGUUGUUUAAUUGAUAUGUACUCUCAAUGUGGGUAUUUAGAAUAUGGGCAACGAAUUUUUCAUGGGUUAAGAAAGAUGGAUAUUGUUGCAUGUAACACAAUGGUGUCUGCCUUUGCUCAUCAUGGCUGUGGGAAAGAGGCUAUUAAAUUGUUUGAGGAAAUGUUAAAGGAAGGAAUGAAACCCGAUUCUGUUACAUUACUUGCAAUCGUCAUGGCAUGUGCCCAUGCUGGAUUAAUUGAGGAGGGGAUUCGGUAUUUUAGAUUGAUAUCCGACUGCCAUGGUGUAAACCCACAGCUUGUGCAUUAUGUAUGUUUAAUUGAUCUUUUACUGCGUGCUGGUUGCUUUAGUGAAGCAACUGGUCAACAUGGAGAUAUGGCAUCGAAAACUGAUGUUAGGAUAACUAGUACUCACACCAAAUCUGAAUGGAAGAAUGAAUUGGCUGAACAGCUUGUCAAAUCAGAACCUUACUUUUCUGCAGGAUAUGAUCUGUUUUCAAGCAUGUAUGUAACUGACGCAAGUUGGGGCUCUUUGCAAAAGGUGAAAAGCCUAAUGAAAGAGAGGCAAUCCCUAAGUACUAGCUGGAUACAAGUAGAUAAUAAGAUGCACGGAUUUGUUGCUGCAGACCAUCUACAACCUUUAGAGGAAGAUGUUAGUUUGAUUUUGAUGCACUUAGCUUCCCAUAUGAUGCAAGACGAAUAAUUUCUAGCUGAAAUCGAGGCAGUCCACUUGUGAAAGGAUAUCUAAUUGUUCUUGAGGGAAUUAUUUGUUCAAUGGCUUAAAGCUGAGCCGGGAGAACAAAAAAAUGUCUUUUGCCGCCAGGAGAGAAGGCUAUAUAUGCCUCAUGUUUGAUUAAUGAGUUGAAUUGCUCCAUCACAUGGAGUCAACAUCAUACACCCUGCCAUGCUGAAAGUUGAAGACAAAACAAUGACCUGGUUGUGUGAUUGAACACAAUAUAUUUAGUUGUUUCGGCUUUCAGGAUCCUUGGGCUGUGAACAGAAAGCCAACAACUUCUUUGAGUUGACAGCAGAUGCCAGUUGCUGUUGACUUCCUGCCAAUCAUCAGGUCAUUACAAAUUUCAGAACAACUAAGAAAUAACAUGAGAUAUAAGGAGCUUUGCCUUUUCGUGUAUAUGCAUUCUCAGUAAUUCACAGAGAUAGACGGUUAUCAGCGGCAGCUCUAUCUUAAUUUUCCAGUGGAGGCGUUCCAAAGUGAAGUUCGAAACGUUCUUGCUGCAGAGAAAAUGUCUCAUUUGGAAGGUAUACACUGAGUAAGAUUCCAGGUUGAGAAGGCAAACCCUGCCUCUUGAGUGUGUAUCUUCAACCUUUCGUUGAAUUUGAACCAUGACCACUCUGAUGACAGCCAAGGUUUACUCCACCAAACCGACUACUUUCAAGUCAAUUCCAUUUACUCCUCAUAGACACCUUGCACAGAAACGGAUUCUCCAAAGCCGUAGAUCACUGGUGAAAGCAGCCUGCUUGCACUGCAAGCAUAAAUAGAAGGCAGCUAAAAUGUAAACUUGUCAUCAAUUCAUACUGAAUUGAUAAUAUGUAAAGUUCCGAUAUUUUAUGCUAAGAUGGCUCUGGUUCUUUUCUAAA